AUGUGCAAACGAGGCCUUCUUACUGGGGGUAAUUGGCCAGCUAUACGAAUGCUGUGCAGUUCCAUUCUGACACUCUUUUACAUUAUACUUGUUUCACGAGGCUCCUAUGAACCAGAGCCCAUGUUCAAAAGCUUGGCCACUGGGAGGAAGGUCUUGAACCAUGUAGCGAAGGAAAGCUUUCCUAGCAAUCGGUGCAGAGUCAUGCUAGUGAUCAUGACCUCCACUCUCCCCAGGGAUCUCCAGAACGUUCGUGACAGGUUAUCCAAAUUUGAUUCUGAGGUCCCAGAUAUAUUUCCAAAUGAGAGAACGCAAAACAAUUAUCGUCCUCAUGACGAUUCAUACACUGCUUCACUAGCAGAGAGGAUCCUUUCAGCGGGGCUUAAUUCUCGUUCGAGGAGCUCCAGCCUCGUUUUAUCUGCUGCUGGCGGCACGCAAAACCCUGGUGAGAUCUUCCAUUUACCAGAAAUCUUAAGGACUGAGCAUCGAAAUCGUGCGCCGUCUCCGACGACAAAUUCCACUGCUAACCGGGCUACAGUUGAAGCGAUGACACAAGCCGCAGAUAGCGAUAUUUUCAGAAACCAAAGUCAGCUGUCAACUUGUCGAAGCCCUGACCUCCCCUCCCUGACUGGUAUGGGAGUCACCAAGUUCUCACAGGUGCCCAACGCGACGGCCAUGGAGGUUACUGACCGCCUUUUGGAAUCCCAGCCCUUGAAUUGCCGACAAGAUGACUUGGCUGAGAUCCAGGCGAAUGCUUUUGAUGACUGCGACACCAACCUUUUAGGAUUCAACGAGGAACUGUUGACGGGUUUAUCCAAUACAGGAGCAAUUGGUCUCGGAGAUAUGGAAGACUUCUUCGAUCUUCGAAGCUGGUUGUAA